UUCAAUUCCUUUCCACCAGAGAAAAAGAUACCUGAUUGUCUUCCUGAUUUUUCUUGGCUACUUCAAUCUCUACUCAAAUCGAGUUAACUUAAGUGUCGCAAUUGUAGCCAUGACUGAAAAUCGAACAAUUCAAAAUGAAGACGGAUCAAUAACCUACGAGAAGGAUUUUGACUGGAACUCACAAGAAAAAGGCUUUGCACUUGGUGCUUUCUUUUAUGGAUAUAUUGCUACACAUUUUAUUGGUGGUGUUCUAGCCACAAAGUAUGGUGGACAUUUGAUUUUCAACUUUGGGAUAUUUGGAACUGCUUUGUUUACCAUGAUUACACCCUUUAUGGCACAAUUUGGAAUUGAAUAUUUGAUUGCAAUUCGAGUUGUUGUAGGCAUUUUCAGUGGUUUUUCUUAUACAUCUGCAAAUGACAUUUUAAGCAGAUGGGUUCCUCCAUCAGAAAGAUCUCGAAGUGCUGGAUAUACACUUGCUGGAGUAAAUGUUGGCACCUUCACAGCAAACUUAGCAUCAGGAUACUUAAGCGUAUCAUUAGGCUGGGAAUGGAUUUUCUAUACUUUUGGAAUCACAGCAUUAAUAUGGAGCAUCAUUUGGUUCUUAAUUGUUCAUCGUUCACCAGAGACUGAUCCAUGGAUGACAGCUGCUGAAAGGAAAUUCAUUGUUGAUAGCCACGAAGGCAAUAGUAUUCAAAAAACAGCCAUGAAAACACCAUGGAAGGCGAUUUUCACAUCACUUCCUCUAUGGGCUAUUAUUGUUGCACAUACUUCCUAUAUGUGGGGCUACACUACAUUAAUAACUCAACUUCCUUCAUACCUGGAUGAAGUUUUGCAUUUUAAUCUUCAGAACAGCGCAUUACUAAGCUCAUUGCCUUACAUGGUUUAUACAGUUCUAGUUUUUAUUGCUGGAUUCUUAGCUGAUUGGAUUUUCAAGAGGAAGUUCUUGUCAGUCACCCAAAUUCGAAAAUAUUUCAAUAAUAUUUCAUUUCUAUGCCAAAUGACGUUCCUCUUAGUUGCUGCAUUCAGCUCAGACAAAACCAUUAUAAUUGUCUGUAUUGUCCUGUCAGUUGGGUUAGGAGCCUUUUCAUCUUGUGGAUAUACUGCAAACGUUCUAGAUAUAGCUCCUCAAUUUUCAAGUCUAAUCUUUGGAAUUUCAUGCACGAUUGCUACACUGCCAGGGAUGGUUUCACCACCAUUGUCAGGAUACAUCGCAACUACUCCGAAUGCCAGCGAGUAUCGAAUAAUAUUCUUGAUAGCAUGUGGAAUUUAUCUCUUUGGUGCUAUAUUCUAUGGAAUUUUUGCAUCUGGAGAGAUUCAAUAUUGGGCCUUAAUGGAUUCAACAAAAGAGUAGUUCCGCUUCAUAAGUAACAAUUAAAGGGAUGAGCAGUUUACAUGAUAGCAGCAUAUCAUUCCAUAUCUAUUUUGGAUAAUUCGUACGCAACUUGUAUCGAGACUUAAUCAGAAGAUAAGUUAUAUUAAAUGAUUGAAAAAUAACAAUUGUCUGUAUUGAUAAAAUUGUUUACUUGCUGAGCAUUGUUGUGGCUAUUAAAUGAAGUAGAUUGUAUGGCUGUUUAUCAACACUUUCUUUUCGUACACAAAACAAUACUUUAAACUUUAUCAUCUCAGAUUACAGGCAUUCAAUUUUACAUUUAAGUGCCUUGCUCAUAUCAAGUGUCUAAAA